GUUAUCUCAAGGAGAAAGAAGUUUUCGCAUUUCGUUAUCCCUUUCAUGAUCUUCUGUACGAUAAAAUAAUUGAUGUAUCACAGACAUUUACAUCUAAAGUGACGAACUGUACAAUGUUUUUCUCAUAAUUAGGGGGAACAGACAUGAGUACAAUUUUUCCUGCAAUGUGACCGCUGGUGACUGAGAACGUUACACACAUGUGGUGUUUACUAAUACAAAGCAUAUCAUUGAAAUAAAUUGAACGUUUCACCUCUCAUACCCAUGUGCCAAUGAUACAUCUAUAUUUUAUGUAAUUUAUGUACAUAGCUUAGUUAAUAACUAGUAAAAACGUAAGUUGUGACAACAAGUUCCGCUUUUCGUCAUUAGAGGGGGAAAUGGCUAAGUUUCGCCGGGCGAGGUAAAGACGGUGGUCGCAAGCUGCAUGUAAACAAUUGCAAGCUGUGUCCAUUUAAAUUUUUGGGACAUUUUGGAGAUGAGCGAAAAUGGAUGCACUCAUCUGAUAAGUUUUAAAGCUUCUAAGGGAACCAAGGCUUACAAAAUAGUGUAUUCUUGCCUCGUAGCGUGCUCGUCAGCUGAGGCCCGGAGAAGAAAGGCAAUAGCAAGUCAGUGUACGGUGUGCAAGUACGGUGGGCCUCGGUUACAUUCAUGCUUGCAUUGUAUUUAUUUUGGGUGUAUUGUACGUGGUCACAUGCAGGAACAUGCGAAAGUGAAAAAACAUUUCUUAGCUGUGGAACUAACUUAUGGAAUGGUGAUGUGUUUCCAUUGUGGCGACUAUAUUUAUGAUAAGGAAUUAUCUAGUAUAGCACUAGAGAAAGAUGCACAAGUUUUCAAGAGAAUUGGGCUGUCUGUACCAUACAGACCAUGGGAACCGAGUGCAUAUGAUAUCCGUCUGCUGCGAAAUAACCCGCACAGAAGGCAUAUACUAGAGGACACAACCAUUGGUCUCAGAGGCCUAAUUAACUUAGGCAAUACAUGUUUUAUGAACUGCAUUGUACAAGCAUUAACUCACACACCUUUACUGCGAGAUUAUUUCUUAGCAGGAAAACAUGUUUGCCAGUUUCGUGAACAACCUGGUCGGUGUUUGGUGUGUGAAGUUUCUAGGCUCUUCCAGGAGUUUUAUUCUGGUAAGAAGACACCUUUGACGUUACAUCGUUUGCUGCAUCUUAUCUGGACGCAUGCACGCCACCUAGCUGGUUACGAACAGCAAGAUGCGCACGAAUUUUUCAUAGCUGCGCUCGAUGUCCUUCAUCGUCACUGUAAGGGCACCAGCCCUCUUCCCACAAGCAAUCCACAUCAUUGCAAUUGCAUCAUAGAUCAGAUAUUUACAGGUGGUUUGCAGUCAGAUGUUGUCUGCCAAGCUUGCAAUGGUGUUUCAACUACAAUUGAUCCUUUCUGGGACAUCUCUCUGGAUUUGGGACCAGCUGCAGUGGCACAGAGUGGAACAACAGAAGGUGGAACAAUAUCACAGCAUCAACAACAGCACCACCAACAGUUGUUGCAGCAGCAACAUUCACAGCAAAGUCAGCAGCAGCAGUUGCAACAGCAGCUGCAGCAGCAGCCACAAGAACAGCAGCAGCAGUCUGCACAGUCUGAACCAACCUCUUUACUUGACUGUCUUGAAAGGUUUACAAGAGCUGAACACCUGGGGUCAUCCGCGAAGAUAAAGUGCAGUAACUGCCAGAGUUAUCAGGAGUCUACUAAGCAGCUCACUAUGAAGACUUUACCUGUUGUGGCGAGCUUCCACUUAAAGCGAUUUGAGCAUUCCAGCCGUUUUCAUAAAAAAAUAUCUACAUUCAUUGCUUUUCCGGAACAUUUAGACAUGACACCAUUUAUGUCACACCGUCGUAAUCAUAAUCACAGCUGCAGUACAGGAACCAACAACAGUAACUGUCGGAAUGUUUUGGGCGAUAACAGGUAUUCUCUUUUUGCUGUGAUAAAUCAUCUGGGUUCACUAGAUGCUGGCCAUUAUACAGCAUUUAUUCGUCAACAACGGAACCAUUGGUUUAAAUGUGACGAUCACCUUAUAACAAAAGCAAAUAUCCAGGAAGUGCUGGAUAGUGAAGGUUAUCUUCUGUUUUAUCACAAACAGUUCCUUGAAUACGAAUGAAGGUGAGGGAUACAUUAGCCCGACACUGAUUACAGUAUUAUUACCAGAUGUGCAUUCUUCAGUUGAUAUUAAUGUUGUGCAAGACAUUUCAUGAGAAAGAUCAUGAUAUACACAGUGUAACUAGAAGACUGUGUGCACAGUUGACCACUUCGGUAAACUUUGGUUCGAAGAUAAUUGUGAUACUCAUACUUCAUUUUUUAUUUCGUGGGACAGAAGUUUGAAGUUUUGUUGUUUUAUAUUGAACCUGUACUUACAGUUGCCUUCAUAUAGAAGGUGUCAUGUGAUUUUGCAUUAAAAAUAUACCCAGAUAUGAGAAACUUUGAAACACUAACGUACCUGGUGCAGAACUGCCAUUUCUCUGUAUUUGUGUGUGUGUGUGUGUGUGUGUGUGUGUGUGUGUGUGUGUGUUUUAGAGAGAGAGAGAGAGAGAACAUACAAAAUCAUUUGUAUGUACCAUUGUAUUAAAAUGAGAAACAAGUAUCUUAAAAAAAUUCUGUAAAUUUGUGGUUUAUGUACUUCCAUAUUUGUGUAAUUUAACAUAAAUCAGAACAUUUAUUUAUUGUAUGUAAUGGAGUAGUGAAGGUAUACCCUACCUUGAUAAAGUGGAUGUGUGGUAUAAUUUUAUGCAAGGGGUUGUGGGAGCAGGUAGAGAGGAGAGUCAAGGUGCCAUGUGUGUACCAGUGCCCAUAUAACAUAAAUGGAUGUCCUCAGUGUUUUAGGUGGAGGAAAAAAAAAAAAAAAAAACACUUUCUGGCUCAGGUAUUACAUUAA